GCAAAUUAAUUACAAUUUAGCCCCCUUGGAAUCUGGUAAGUAGCUUGCUUCAAUAGAACAUGUAUCAUGCGUAGCGUCUGUAGAGGAGCUCGUGUGGUUGGAGAAGACAGGGCACGAGAGGAUAAGGGAUGCGGGCGGUGUCCGAUUUUUCUAAUCGAUAUCGGACGUCCUGCUUGAAGCAUUACCGUUCUAAAAAGGAAAGGAAUAAAUCUUCCGUUUAUUCAGUAAUGGUAGUCCCAUGGAAAUGUCCGGGUGUCCUCCACUUCUUUGCACCUUGAUUUAGAAGCGAGCUCCCGAAUCUAUCUUCGUCAAUUUCUUCUUCACAGAAACGAUGGAGGCUCCGGUCAGUGUUUCGCUGGGUGUCGUCCAAUCUCUCCCCGCCAAGCUCAAGCGGUUGCUGUCGCCGGAGGCCGACCACGGGCUGCACAAGAAGGACAAGGACAAGAUUCGUCUCCUCAAGGACCACCUCCAAGAACUGAUCGACAAGUACCUGAUGGAGCCGUCGGAGGUGGAGGCCCCGGCAUCGACGGCCAGGUGCUGGGUAAAGGAGGUGCGCGAGCUGUCGUACGACAUCGACGACUUCCUCGACGAGCUCAUCCACGGACACCACGCCGACCUGAAGAACCUCCGACGCCGGAGCCGGUGGGUCGCCGACAAGGUCUCGCAGUUCAGGGCGCGUUUGAAGGAUGCGAUUCAGCGGCACAAGAUCUACAAUCUUGACAGAUGCAGGAAGCGACCAGGCAGCCUUGCUUCAGAAGAACGCCCUCUUCCACCGCAGCAUGGGUUAGAAACUGCGUGCCUUGUUGGUACCGACAGCUCCAUGGAGAAGCUCGGAGAGUGGUUGACUGGAGACGCAGAGAGGACGCUUAGGGUGGUCUCAAUUGUUGGAUUAGGAGGGGUUGGUAAGACAACUCUUGCCAAAGAAUUAUACCGCAGGAUCGACAGCCAGUUUGAGUGCCGCGCUUUUGCGCGGACAUCCCAGAAACCUGACAUGAGGGACCUUCUUUCCAGCAUUCUCUUGCAAGUUCGACCAGAGAGGCCGCCAGAUGCUUCAGAGUCUUGUAAUCUCAUUGACACGAUCAGGGCACACCUACAACAUAAGAAGUAUUUCAUUAUAAUUGAUGAUUUAUGGGCUACAUCAACGUGGGAUGUUGUGUGUCGUGCUUUGCCAGAUGAUAAAUGCUGCAGUAGAGUGCUAAUUACCACAGAAAUCCAUGUUGUAGCACAGACAUGCUGUGGUCAUAACUCCGAGUAUAUUCUUAAGAUGGGACCUCUCAGAGACGAUGAAUCAAGAAAAUUAUUUUUCAGUAGAUUCCCAGGUGAUCAAUCUGACAGCUGUGAGCAGUCUAAAGUUCUAUUGGAGAUUAUAAGGAAUUGUGGUGGUUUUCCUCUUGCAACUGUUACCAUAUCAAGUCUUUUAGCAAGGCAGCACAGUGGAAUAGAGCAAUGCAACUACAUUAGGAGAUCGUUAAGCACUAAUUUGAGGACAAAUCCAAGUAUGGAAGGGAUGAAACAUGUACUUGACCUUUGCUACAACAAUCUUCCUGAUCGUUUGAAAGCUUGCAUGUUAUAUUUUAGUACAUAUAAAGAGGAGCACGUAAUCUGGAAAGAUGAUUUGGUAAAUCAGUGGAUAGCCGAAGGUUUUAUCUGUGCAGAAGGAGGUAACAGCAUGGAGGAAGUUGCAAGUACCUAUCUUGAUGAGCUUGUUAUUGGGGGAAUGGUCCAACCUGUAGAUGUCAACCAUAAUGGUGUGGUGCUGUCUUGUACAGUGCACUACAUGAUACUCAAUCUUGUUAGGUACAAGUCCAUAGAAGAGAAUUUCGUCACUGCAAUUGAUGGCUCUCAGAGCAAAAUAAGACUUGCUGACAAGGUUCGUCGACUGUCUCUCCUCUUUGGCGAUGCAGGUGAUGCAGAACCACCAGCAAACUUAAGACUGUCACAGGUUCGAUCACUGGUAUUCUAUGGAUUCCCCAAGUGUUUUCCUUCUAUAGUGGAGUUUCGACACCUUCGGGUCCUGAUCCUACAUCUUUGGGGCGAUCAGGAUAACAUAAAUUUCGACCUGACUGCACUAUGCAAAUUAUUUGGUCUGAAACAUUUGGAGAUGGUAUGUAAUGUCACUCUAAGUCUCCAAACCGAGAUGCAAGGCUUACGACAUUUGGAGACACUGAAAAUAGAUUCAACAGUGAGCGAAGUACCAGAGGACAUUGUUCAUUUGCCGGGCCUCUUGCACCUCAGUCUUCCUGGUGACACAAACCUGCCGAAUGGUAUUGGGCGCUUGGCAACUCUCCGGACAUUAGGAUGCUUUGAUCUAACAAGAAACUCAGCAGAUAAUGUUCUGAGCCUCGGCGAGCUGACUAAUGUCUGGGAUCUUCGUCUCACCUGUUCCGAAUCACAACCAGACAAUCUGAAGAAAAACAUGGAACACGUGGUUUCAGCUCUCUCGAAACUCAGGAAUCUCAAGAGACUAACUCUGUUAUCUGCAGGCUCUUAUAAUGAAAAUACUCUGGAGGCGAGUGUUCCAAGCAAUGAAAUCUCCUAUGACUUGAGCAACUUAUCCUCUCCUUCAACCCUUCUUGAGACGCUUGAGUUGAUGCCGCGGAUUUGCAUCUUAUCCGUCCUCCCCGAGUGGAUAGGCAAACUCCGCCUACUUAGCAUUCUCAAGAUCGAAGUCAUGGGGGUUUCAGGCGGAGAUAUUGAGAUUCUGCAAGAGUUGCCCGCCCUUGCUGCUCUCUCACUCUAUGUCCCGACCGCCCCUGCUGAAAGGAUCAUCUUUCACAGAGAGGGAUUUCCAGUUCUCAUGCAGUUCGUGUUCAUCUGUUCAGCGCUUUGUGUAGCCUUUGAGGAGGGAGCAAUGCCUAAUGUCCGAAGGCUCAAGGUAGGCUUCAAUGCUAAUACCACAGGGAAAUACAACAUAGCAGAUGCUGGCCUCGAGAAUUUGACAAUCGUUGAAGUGUUCUCUGCCAAAAUUGGAGGCGCUGGUGCUGAUGAGUUCUGCAGAAAAGUUGUAGAGUCUACAUUGGAGGAAAUCUUUCGUCAGAAUAUGAGACCUCCCACCAUCGACAUACAAUUUGUGGGCUGGGCCUUUUAUGGCGACAAAGAAAACAGUGCAGCAUCAGCGACACAACGGAUUGCAGUAGAGGAGUCAUCUGAAGAUAUCGUCAGUCCGUUCCAAGACCCAGCCUUUUCUUGUGCCGAUAAAGGAAUCAGUACAGCGUCGACAACAAACGAGGUGGUUGAAGAGGGUUCAACUGAAAAUAUCGUCAGCCACCUCCGGCUGCUUGAUCCGGCCUUUUCUUACGGCGAUAAAGAAAUCAGUACAACGUCGACAACAAAGCAGAUUGCAAACGAGGGUUUUGUUGAAGAUGUCAUCACCCACCUUCAGGAUUCAGCAUUUUCUUAUGGCGACAAAGAAAUCAGUACAGCGUUGACAACACAGCAGACUGUAGAAGAGGGUUCAACUGAAGAUUUCGUCAGUCAGUUCCAAGACCCAACCUUUUCUUGUGACGACAAAGGAAGCAGUACAAUGUCGGCAGCACACCAGGUGGUCGAAGAGGGUUCAGCUGAAGAUUUCGUCCCCCAACUCCGGGAUCGGGCCUUUUCUUAUGGCGACAAAGAAAUCAGUAAAUUGUCGGCAACACAACGGACUGGAGCAGAGGGUUCAACCAAAGGUAUCGUCACUCUCCUCCCACAUCACGCGGGCGAUCAAGACGACUUCCGGCACAGGAGUCACAGGACAAGGUCGCUGUCACCUCCUCCCACGAAAGAACCAGACGCACGCCUCCACCUCCGCCCUCCGCCUCGUGGCCACAGCCCCAUUGAUCCGGCAGCUGACGCGGUCCUCCUCGAGCUCGGAGCCAUGGAGAAGUACGUGCUGGUCAAGGACCUAGGCGCCGGCAACUUCGCCAAGGCUCGGCUCAUCAUGCGGCACAAGGAGACUAGGGAGCUAGUCUCCAUUAAGUACAUCCCCCGGGGCAACAAGGUCCGGCGCUGCCGUGAUGGGCGGAUCGGAGCGGAUGAUUCGCGUGAGAUGCACGGUACGUUGUAUCUGAGUCUGACACACGUUUGUUUCUUGCGUUUCCAGAUCAACGAGGAUGUGUUCCGCGAGAUCGUGAACCACCGGUCCCUUCGUCACCCCAACAUUAUCCGGUUCAAGGAGGUGGUGCUGACGCCGACGCACCUGGCGGUCGUGACGGAGUACGCGGCCGGCGGCGAGCUGUUCGAGCGCGUCUGCGAGGCCGGGCGGUUCCACGAGGACGAGGCGCGCUACUUCUUCCAGCAGCUGGUGUGCGGGGUGAGCUACUGCCACGCCAUGCAGAUCUGCCACCGCGACCUCAAGCUGGAGAAUAUGCUGCUGGACGGCAGCCCGGCGCCGCGGCUCAAGAUCUGCGACAUCGGCUGCUCCAGGUCGUCCGUGCUGCACCCGCGCCACAAGGUAACGGCCGGCACGCCGGUCUACAUCGCGCCGGAGGUGCUCUCCCGCCGCGAGUUCGACGGCAAGCGCGCCGACAUCUGGUCCUGCGGCGUCACGCUCUACGCCAUGCUCGUUGGCGCAUACCCGUUUGAGGAUCCCAAGGACCCUAAGAACUUCAGGAAGACCAUCUCGAGGAUCAUGUCGGUGCAGUACGAGAUUCCAGAGUACGUGCGCGUCUCCCAGGACUGCCGCAACCUGCUCUCCCGCAUCUUCGUCGCAAACCCCAACAAGAGGAUUACCAUGAGCGAGAUCAAGAGCCACCCCUGGUUCCUCAAGAACCUGCCGUGGGAGCUCAAGAAGGAGGCGGAGGCCGCCUACUACACCAGACGCCGGGGAGGGGAAGACGGCAAUGCCUCCACGUACCCGGCGCAGAGCGUGGAGGAGAUCAUGAGGAUCGUGCAGGAGGCGCAGACGGUACCCAGGGCUGCCGUCUCCGGCUACGGCUUGGGCGCCUCGGACGACUGGCAAUAUGACGAGGAGAAAGAAGACGACUACUAUUGACAUGGCGGCGAGGGCCGCGAGGAGGAUGCUGGACUUGGACUUAAAUGAAUUGGAUUGAGCAUUAGUAUUUUUUUUAUUGGGUUUAGAUUAAAUAAUGAUUUUUUAUUUUAAUUGGACUUCUCUUCUUGAUUUGGAAAUCAAAAUAAAUUUGGGCUUGCUACCGCCCGGACGUCUGAUAAAAUCUUUUAAUCGGAUGCUCCAUUGUAACAUUAAGAA